AUGGCGCAACAACCGCCGGCGGCGCUGAAGCAGGCCGAUAGCAACCUGUUUAAAACGGCCAACCGAGCAGUCCAACUUGCAUCGGCGAAACCCAUCGUCACUUAUUGGUGCGAAUACUAUGUCGUAAACCAAAUACUCGCUCGGCAACUCCAUCAGGAGGACCCGGAAAUACUCAGCUACACCACAACACUGAUGGACAAGCUCGAGGAGGCCAAGACAAAGUUUGCCGCCGAAGAGGCCGUUAUGGACGAUGACGUCGCCAAAGUCUACAUCGAACAGUUUGCACAGGACACCCUGGACAGGGCGCAGAAGGUUAUACGCGCAAACAAGUGCACGCAACAAACAGCAAACACAUUCGAUGCCGCAGCUACCUUUCUCAACCUGCUCAGCAUAUGGGGCCCUCUCGAUGCCGACACCAAGCAGAAGAUCAAGUAUGCCAAGUGGAAUACGUUAAGGAUCCUCAAGGCGAUCAAAGAGGGGACAGACCCCAACGAAUCAAAUCCCAAGCCUGAGCCGGAACCAGCAACACUGGAAUCUGACGAGCUUGAUCCUCUGGCUGCGACGAGUUCCUCUGCAGGGCCUUUUCCAGCAACUGUCGAGGAUGCUCCCGAGUCAAGCUCCGUCAGGGGCGACCCCUCCUUGGUGUCACAACCCCAGACUCCCGCCUCAGCAGUCGCACCUCAUCAACAAAGCUCCAUGACAUUGCCCGAUGCACCCCAUGGGAACGCUGGCUACUUUGAUUCGACUGCCACCCCGCAACCGCCGUCGAUACCCUCACCCAUGUCUCCGCCCCUACAAGCAUCAGCUGGAGCUGGAGAUCUUCCCCAGAGAUGGACACCAACACCACCAGCUGCAGAUGCUGCCUUCUCCCCUCCGCUGCCUAAAGAUGAAAACCGUCAGUACACACAGGCUUCCGCCUCUGUGCCUGCUACUGGCCCUCCGACAUUUGCACCAAGUCCGGCCGCCAUGCCUGCAAUAGCUUCGCCCCCAGCAUUAGUUUCGCCGCCUGCAUCUUACAUGAACAUGGCCCCGACCCCGUCGACUGCCAGCUUCGGGCAACCCUCAGCACCUGCAACAAGCAGCAAUACAGCUGCAGCCCAUGCAUCCACGGCACCAACAACAGCGCCUGGAGGCUAUAACGUCGAUGAUGCUUCCAUAAGGAAAGCACAGAAGCAUGCUAAAUGGGCUAUAUCGGCCUUGAAUUUUGAGGACGCAGCGACUGCAGUCAAGGAGCUCGAGCUUGCUUUGCAAACUUUGGGGGCCAGGUGA